UCUAACCGCCUCACACACAGAGAAAAGGCAAAAGGAAACAAAAACCUCCUAGAAGCCCCUCCCGACCGAGUUACUCCAGAGAUUUCCGGCGGAACCUCGCGUCAGGAUGGCACCCACGGCGACGGCGACGGCGGCGGCGGCGGAUCAGAGCCAGCAGCACACCAAGAAGGCGGUGGGCCUGGCGGCGCUCGACGCCUCCGGCCACCUCUCCCCGCUCGCCAUCACCCGAAGGAGCACCGGAGAUGACGAUGUCGUGAUAAAGAUUCUUUACUGCGGGAUCUGCCACUCUGACCUGCACAGCAUCAAGAACGACUGGAAGAACGCCAAGUACCCCAUGAUCCCUGGGCACGAGAUCGCCGGCGAGGUCACCGAGGUCGGCAAGAACGUGACCAAGUUCAAGGCCGGCGACCGCGUCGGCGUCGGGUGCAUGGUGAACUCGUGCCAGUCCUGCGAGAGCUGCGACAAGGGCUUCGAGAACCACUGCCCGGGCAUGAUCUUCACCUACAACUCGGUCGACCGUGACGGCACCGUCACGUACGGCGGCUACUCCAGCAUGGUGGUGGUGCACGAGCGCUUUGUGGUCCGGUUCUCUGACGCCAUGCCGCUGGACAAGGGCGCACCCCUGCUGUGCGCCGGCAUCACCGUGUACAGCCCCAUGAAGUACCACGGGCUCAACGUUCCCGGUAUGCACCUCGGUGUGCUGGGACUGGGCGGGCUGGGCCACGUCGCCGUCAAGUUCGGCAAGGCCUUCGGGAUGAAGGUGACGGUGAUCAGCUCGUCGCCGGGGAAGAAGCAGGAGGCCCUCGAAAGGCUAGGCGCCGACGCGUUCGUUGUCAGCAAGGACGCCGACGAGAUGAAGGCUGCGAUGAGCACCAUGGAUGGCAUCAUAAACACGGUCUCUGCAAACAUCCCCAUGGCCCCUCUCUUUGGGCUACUCAAGCCCAACGGCAAGAUGAUCAUGGUCGGCCUCCCAGAGAAGCCUAUUGAGGUCCCUCCAUUUGCUCUGGUUGCCAGGAACAAGACCCUGGCCGGGAGCUGCAUCGGCGGCAUGAGGGACACCCAGGAGAUGCUGGACCUCGCGGCGAAGCACGGCGUGACGGCAGACAUCGAGGUGAUCGACGCGGAGUACGUGAACACGGCCAUGGAGCGCCUUGCCAAGGCCGACGUCAGGUAUCGAUUCGUCAUCGACAUCGCCAACACCCUCGACAAGGCCGCCGCCGCCGCCGCAACCGAGUGACCGCCGAUGUAACUCUCAGCACUGCUCACGGUCUACGUUGGUCUCUGGUUCUCUGCUAUUAUCACAUACUUUAUCUCUAGUAGUAACAAUGAACAGUCUAAAAUUAUUGUCAGUGAUGUCAUGGUGCGAUGUUGUUCGUGAGAAAAGUGCGUUGGAUGAUGGAUGACAAGGUUGGCUUCUUGCCGGGAUAAUGGAGUACGUACCUGCUUAGCUUCUCCCUGCUAUGCAGUUAUUGCGUGCA